GUUGCCUGCUGUUUUCGGGGAAGAGGAUAGCCGUGGCUCCCUCUGGGUCUGGGAGUUGUGGUGAGAAGUGCUUCUGAAGAUUGGCCCAAGCCUUUUUUUGUCUACCCCUCCACAUUCAAAAUCCCGCGCUGGAACUCACAGGCUAACUUCGCGGAGACCCAGUUGUCCCUCCCAUUUCGCCAGCCCCUGUCUUCAGUGCCUCAGUUCCCAAAGCUACCAUCCUCUCACAGCUGAACUAGGACCCCGGCAGCAGACUGCACUCAAAUUCAGCGACAUCUGCCCGAUCAGGUUGGCGCCCCCAUGCAUCGUGCUUCUCACAAGUAAAGUUUCUUCAUGGGAAAGAAACCCCUCCAUCUUUCGCUGUAUCAGGCGCUAUACUAAUCCUGUAGUGCACAGGUUCAGUUUUUUUCUCCAAAGACUGCGCUCAGGGAUACGGUUGUUGCUUUACUUCUCCGGUCAAGCUUUCUUGGGGGUGGAGCUUGUGGAACCGGAGGAAUGUUCCUGAGAACCCUCCUUUGAGAGUGGGUCUUGAGAGAGUACCUGGCCAGGCAGCGAGCUGGUGGCCACAGGCAAGCAAUAGCUGUGCCACCUAGAUAUUGAACCAUUCAGGUUGUGCCCCCUCUACUACCCAUGCUCAGUUCUCAGCUAAUUUGAAAGGGCACGUAAGUCAGGUCUUCUGGAGAAGAGUUGCUGAGAACUGGUGCACGAUCGUCGAGUGGCUAUCCUUUCGUCUGGAAGACUAAGGAGUUGUCCGCAGGGAAACAGUGGUCUCCAUGGUCCUUCAAAUGCCUGGAACUGGACUUUGGAUGGGGUGCUAAAAUGCUUGCUUCUGUCUUGUCCAAGUUUUACAGCACGUAUAUUGAUGAUUGGAAUCCUGAGCCAAUCAAGAAUCAAGUUCAAAGUGGUACUCCUGGGCUCUCCAUCCCAGACUCCAACAAGUCUAAUUUGAGAGUAGAAGAGAGGCUUUUCUUUCUUUAACUAGUAUAUCUCCACUUGGAAUUAGCCUUGAAAGGUUCCUAACCAGUAUUUGGACUGCAGUGACUACAGGUUUCUCUUAGAAGGUGGGGAGAAGGUUCUCUGAAGACCAGACCAAAACUACAGAAACUCGACAAUGGAACGAGUUUAUGAAAUUCCUGAGGAGCCAAGUGUGGAUCCGAUUUCAUCCCUGGAGGAAGAUAUUAUCCGUGGGGCCAACCCCCGGUUUACCUUUCCAUUUGGCAUCAUUUUCUCCACCUUUUUGUACUGUGGGGAGGCUGCAUCUGCCUUGUACAUGGUUAGAUUCUAUCGAAAGAAUAGUGAGACCUACUGGAUGGCAUACACCUUUUCCUUCUUUAUGUUUUCAUCCAUUAUGGUCCAAUUGACACUCAUUUUUGUCCACAGAGAUCUGGCCAAAGACAAGCCUUUAUCAUUAUUCAUGCAUCUAAUCCUCUUGGGACCUGUUAUUAGAUGUCUGGAGGCCAUGAUUAAGUACCUCACACUGUGGAAGAAAGAGGGGCAGGAGGAGCCGUAUGUCAGCCUCACCCGAAAGAAGAUGCUAAUAAAUGGCGAGGAGGUGAUGAUAGAAUGGGAGGUGGGACACUCCAUCCGGACCCUGGCUAUGCACCGCAAUGCUUACAAACGUAUGUCACAGAUCCAAGCUUUCCUGGGUUCAGUGCCCCAACUGACCUAUCAACUCUAUGUGACCCUGAUUUCUGCAGAGGUACCCCUGGGUAGAGCUGUGCUAAUGGUCUUUUCCCUGAUAUCUGUCACCUAUGGGGCUACUCUCUGCAAUAUGUUGGCUAUCCAGAUCAAGUACGAUGAAUACAAGAUUCGCCUUGGGCUGCUAGAAGUCCUCUGUAUCACCAUCUGGAGGACACUGGAGAUCACUUCCCGUCUCCUGAUUCUGGUGCUCUUCUCAGCCACUUUGAAAUUGAAGGCCGUGCCUUUCUUAUUACUCAACUUCCUGAUUAUCCUCUUUGAGCCUUGGGUUAAAUUUUGGAGGAGUGGUGCCCAGAUGCCUAAUAACAUUGAAAAAAAUUUCAGCCAGGUUGGCACCCUGACAGUGCUGAUUUCCAUCACUGUCCUCUAUGCUGGCAUCAACUUCUCUUGCUGGUCAGCUUUGCAGUUGAAGUUAGCAGACAGGGACCUUGUUGAAAAAGGUCAGAACUGGGGACAUAUGGGCCUGCACUAUAGUGUGAGAUUGGUGGAGAAUGUCAUCAUGGUCCUGGUUUUUAAGUUCUUUGGAGUGAAAGUAUUACUGAAUUACUGUCAUUCCUUGAUUGCCUUGCAGCUUAUUAUUGCCUACCUGAUUUCCAUUGGCUUCAUGCUCCUUUUCUUUCAAUACUUGCAUCCACUGCGCUCACUCUUCACCCACAACAUAGUGGACUACCUCCACUGUGUCUGCUGCCACCAGCACUCUCAGGGCAGGGUUGAGAACUUGGAGCCAUCCUUUGAUCCUGAAGAAGGGCAAAGCAUUGUCUGAUUCUAUCUUCUGGGUAUUUGGAAAUGGGUUUAAUGUGACCAAGAGCAAUUGUGUAAUUGGAGAUGAUGAGGCUCAUAGGUGACUGCCCACCAGGAGAUUUUCUUGAGUUUUCUGGUAAACCUUUCAGAAGGAAGAGCAACCCCCAAAUAGGUUUUAUUUCUUUAUGAUCAACUGCUAUGUUUGGGCACAAGGGUAGCUACCACAUAUCCAGAAGGUUCAGAGAUGCAAUUUACAGUUCCCACACAGGUCAGCUGUCUCACCUCCCUACAGAAUAACUUAAUCUCCAUGCCCCUUAGGCUCUCUAUGAUCUUCUAGCUCUGUUCAUUUGCUUAAGGUGUGUUACCGAGCUUUCCCUGGGCUGAGCUGAAAGCCCAGAACCCGACCAGAAUAUAUUCUGACUGAUCAGAGGAUGUGACCACUUACCACUUAUGGAUACCCCUCAGGAAACAGUCUAACUAAUUUGGAACCUAUAACUGUAUAAGUGUGGCUGGGGUCUUUAAUUCCAAUGGGAAACUCUGGUUAAAAAGAAAACCCCAACUAUUAAAAGAACUUCUCCCCAAACAAGUUAGCUCUUCAUUAGGAUUUUACUAGCAAUCAUUCAUCAAGGACCACUCUUUUCAGUGGUCCAUUGUAGGCAUUCCUUGAGGAUGUAGUGCAGAGUAGGAUUCCUUCAGGGCAUAUACCAGAAUGAUUGUUUUUCUCAGGGUCCUGCAUGGGCCUGCAGCUUGUACAGAGGAGUAAUUGAGUAAAACCUCUCAUUUCGUGCCUCAUUAUCAGGGAUUCUCUCCAACUUUGCUUUUCUGUGCUUUUGGCAUUUUGCUACUUGAUAUGAACCUCAGCAAAGCUGGACUGUAAUUAAAAUGUUCCUAAUGU